AUGGCAGAAGGAUACCCAAGCUCUUAUAAUUGGCCCACCAUGAACUGGCAAGCGAAAGAUCUCGACAAAGAAUGGGAGCGAUUUUAUCAGCAUUGUGAAUUCGCAUUUGGAGGCCCGUUAAGCAAGUGCACAGAGAAGGAAAAGAUUUGCAAUCUCAUGAGUUUUGUGGGAGACAAAGGCCGCGAAAUGUACCUUACGUUUCAAUGGAACACAAUUCAAGUUGGAACAGGCGAAAAUAUCCAACAAGUAAGUGAGAAAGAUAUUCUUGAUAAAGUUGCUGCAAAGUUCAAAGAACAAUUAGCAUCGAAGAAAAAUCCUAUUAUGGCAGCAGUUCAAUUUGACAGGAGGUGCCAAAAACAAGGAGAAACAUUUGACGAUUUUGUAACCGACCUGAAAUUAUUGGCUCGUGGCUUAGACAUUGAGCAAACAGACAAGCUAAUAAGAAAUGCUAUAGCAUGCAAAUCUUUUGACGAAAGGGUAAAACAACGGUGUUUGGAAAAGAGUAAAAACUUAACAUUAGAAACAGCCAUAAAUAUAGGGAGAUUAUUUGAAGCUACCAAAGAUGGAAUGCAAGUAAUCACAGGGGAAGAUCCAAACGUGACGGUGCAUGGAGUAUCAACAAAGCCCAACAGAUUUCCCAGACGCAAGCACCAAAUGAGGUCAAAUACACCUAGAUCCACGGAAAAAGAGUCACAAGCCCCAUCAAAGUGUCAAAGAUGUGGUUACAAUAGUCACAAACCACAAGAGAAAUGUCCAGCCAAGAACCAAACCUGCCGCAAGUGUGGAAAGAUGGGACACUUUGGUAGAGUGUGUAGAGGAGCAGAAAAGAAAAUACACGGCAUGGGGAAAGAUUCCUACUCUAGUGAAGAAACAGACAGUUCUGAUGAUGAAUACCAGCAAGCCAAAAAUUUGCAUUUACUGCACCUCAAAAGCCUGAGGAUCCAUGAGGUUGGUAAUGAAAACGACAUGCCGAGAGAUAACGAGUGGUGGGAAACUGUUCAAGUUGGCCAUGGGAGAUUGCAAUGCCAACUGGAUACAGGUGCACAGGCUAGUGUCAUGACCGCUAAGCAGUUACAAAGUGUUGCUCCCAAUGCUCGGAUUAAGAAAACACACAAGAGACUUGUGUCAUAUAGCCAACACCAGAUUGUGCCCAGAGGAUGCACCACACUAAAAGUGAAACACAAGGAAAAAGAGAUCAAGGUGAAAUUCUUCAUCAUUGCCAAGGCACAUAAUCCAAUCUUAUCUGGAAAAGUGUGCAAAGCCUUAAACCUAGUAAAGCGAAUACACGAAAUCGACCACAACCUUAAAGAGCUUCUUAUCCAACAUCCAGAUUUGGAAAAUGCAACAGGAUCGAUGCCAGGGGCAUACUCGAUUAAGAUUGACCCAACAGUGACCCCUGUAGUACAUGGUCCAAGAAGGCAACCCGCAGCGCUCCUACCAAAGAUUACGAGCAAGCUAAAAGAAAUGGAAAAAGAGGGGCAUUUGGCAAAAGUAACCCAGCCCACAGAUUGGGUUAAUUCCAUGGUUGUCGCACAGAAAGGAGAGAAGAUCCGCAUCUGCAUCGACCCAUCCGACCUGAACAAAGCGAUAAAGCGAGAACACUACCCUAGUAAAACAGUGGAAGAAAUUACCACGAAAAUCCCCGGAGCCAAAGUGUUCUCAGUAUUGGAUGCCAAGAGUGGAUAUCUUCAAAUGAAGAUAGACUAUGAAUCCAGUCUCCUUACAACGAUGAACACACCGUUAGGUCGAUACCGUUGGUUAAAGCUACCCUUUGGCAUCAAAUCCGCACCAGAGAUGUACCAGAGAGCGAUGGAUGACAUGUUAGAGGGGAUAGAAUAUGCAUAUGCCAUUAUGGAUGAUAUUCUGAUAGCUGGCCGUGACGUAGCGCAUCAUGAUGCUGUCUUACGACAAGUCCUUGAUCGUGCUCAGAGCUACAACUUGAAGUUAAACUUCGACAAGGUGAAGAUCAGGAAAGAGGAAGUGCCGUACGUGGGACAUCUCAUAUCAGCACAUGGGCUCAAACCGGAUCCCACAAAAGUCGAAGCGAUGAAACACAUGCCAGCACCCGAGAACAAAGAUGAUGUCCGCCGUUUUCUGGGAUCAGUUCAAUACCUAGCCAAGUUCUUACCACGCUUGGCUGAGGUAGAAGAGCCGCUACGGCACCUAACAAAGAAAGAUACAGUCUUCCAUUGGGACAAACCACAGGAAAACGCUUUCCAACGCAUCAAAGAUCUAUGCUGCACAGCACCUAUACUGGCCUAUUAUGAUGUCAAGAAGGAUGUCAAGAUACAAUGUGACGCUAGCAAGAAUGCAGUCGGUGCUGUCCUUCUGCAAGAAGGCAAACCCAUAGCGUAUGCAUCUCGAAAGCUUCGUACAUCCGAGCUAAACUGGUCACCUAUUGAGAAAGAAAUGUUGGCGAUUGUGUUCAGCACAGGAAAAUUCAGAGAAUACAUCCUAGGAAAGGAAACUGUAGUACAGACUGAUCACAAGCCAUUAGAGACAAUUUUUCGCAAACCUUUGCUGUCAGCACCCUUGCGGCUGCAGACCAUGAUGUUGAAAGUGAAAGGAUAUGACUUGAAAGUUGAAUACCUUCCUGGCAAGAAGCAAGUCAUCGCAGAUACGCUCAGCAGGGCCAGUCUUAAUGUUAUGCCACCCGAAAGAAAGGAGUUUCAAGUCAACAUGCUUGAGAGAAUAUCUGUCACGCAAGACAAAUACCAGGAACUGCAACAAAGAACUGCGAAUGAGCUACACGAUUUGUAUGCUGUCAUCCAGGUAGGAUGGCCCACCACAAAGCAGCAAGUGCCUCACAGCGUCAAACCAUUCUGGGACAAUCGAGAUGAAUUAGCAAUAUUGGACGGCGUAAUUUACCGAGGAAUGAGAAUCGUAGUACCACCAUCAAUGCAACAGGAAAUGAUAGAGCUGGUGCACGAGACUCACCAAGGAAUUGUGAAAUCCAAGCAGAGAGCACGAGAAGCGCUGUAUUGGCCGGGCAUGAGUUCUCAAGUCGAAGCGAAAGUAAAGGACUGCAGUACUUGUCAUGACUAUGCAGCAGCGCAACAGAAAGAACCGAUGAUGCCGAGCAAGACUCCAGACUAUCCAUGGGCCGAAGCAGCAUCUGACAUAUUUACGUUCAAGAGCAAAAACUAUGUACUGUCAGUAGAUUACUACUCCAAGUACAUUGAAGUCACAGAACUCAACGACCUCUCAGCUUUUAGUACCAUCGAAGCCCUAAAAGGACACUUUGAGAGACAUGGUAUUCCAGAAAGGCUGACGACAGACUGUGGCACACAGUAUACAAGCGUAGAAUUUAAGAAUUUUGCGAAAGCCUACAACUUCCAACACGUGUUGAUAAGUCCAAAACAUCCUAAAGCAAACGGAGAAGCAGAGGCGGCGGUAAAAAUCGUUAAAUCAUUGUGGAGAAAGAACAAUGACAAGCACAAAGCCCUGUUGGUCUAUCGAGCAACACCACUAGCAGGCAUUGAUCUGUCUCCAUCACAGCUAUGUAUGGGGAGAAGACUGAGAACUAACCUCCCGAUAGCACGCAGUUUGUUAGAGCCCGAAGCAUAUAACACAAAUGAUAUCAAGAGACGAAUGCGCCAUGCAAAGGAAAAGCAAACCUACCACCAUAACCGCCAUGGGACAAAAGAACUAUCCCCACUGAAACCUGGUGAACACGUAAGAAUCCGACCAGAACCAGGGUCGAAGCUAUGGAGACAAGCAACUGUGGUCGACCAUCAUUCAUCACCUCGGUCGUAUAUUGUAGACACAGGACAACGAAAGCUUAGACGCAACCGAGUAGCCUUAAGAUUAGACCCAGGAAGAUCAGCAGUGGAAGUAGCAGAGAAUGAUUACGGUACCAACGACGAUAUGAGCCACCAAGAAACCCUUGAUAACCCAAACCCGGUAAGCGUACCACCAGCUCAUCACCCACCAGUAGAAACAGCAACGUCCACGGUGAAAGACAAGGAAACGCCUGUCAAGAGGUCAGGAUCAGAAACGCACCAAACACACUACACUACGAGAAGUGGAAGAAUCAGCAGAAAACCAGCUAAGUUGAACAUUUAA